AUGAUUUCGAAUUUAUCAGAAAUCAAAAAAUUACUUACAAUUGGAAAGAACGUGAAGGUGCAAUCUAGUUAUGAGAAGGAUGAAGAAGGUGAAGGAAUUGAUUGUUGUUCUUCUUCUGGAUGUUGUAGUUUGUCUAUGGUUCAUGAGAAUAUUGUAGGGGGGAAUGGUGGAGUGAAAAAAGCUUAUAAGAGGAUUAAGCAGCUGUUUUGUUGGCCUGAUCUUAAGAAAAAAGUGAACGAAAUGGGUGCAUCGUUGUGUCGCUGGCUUGCUGCAUACAAUGAGUUAGUUGAUGAGAACCUGGUUUGGGCCCGGUUUACCUUGGAGCUGCAGGACCAAAAUCUAGACAAGGUGUUGUACUGUGACAAAGCCCAUAAAAAUCCUGCUCUCCCACAAUAG